CUAGGAAUUGAUGAGAAGAUCGCCGAUCGGCCAUUUUUGUGGAACGCGUUUCUCUGCAUCGUUUCAAGAUGAAGAUCGGCCUGUGCGCGUACAGCGGGUACAAGAUUUAUCCUGGUCAUGGCAAGACCAUGGUCAAAGUUGACGGAAAGACUUUCACCUUCCUCAACUCGAAAUGUGAGUCCGCACACUUGAUGAGGCGAAAUCCUAGGAAAGUGACAUGGACCGUUUUAUACAGACGUAAACACAAAAAGGGUCAGGAGGAGGAGCAAACCAAGAAGAGGACAAGGCGUGCACAGAAGUUCCAGCGUGCUAUCGUGGGUGCUUCUCUCACCGAUAUUUUGGCUAAACGUAACAUGAAGCCAGAGAUUCGCAAAGCCCAACGAGAACAGGCAAUCAAAGCUGCAAAAGAACAAAAGAGAGCUGCAAAGGCAACGAAGAAGGCUGUUGCUCCUCCAAAAGCAAAACAAGUAGCAAAACAGAAAGUUGCUAAAGUGACGCAAAAGUCUGCACCUCGCGUUGGAGGAAAACGUUAAA